CAUACGUGUGACGUAUUAUCGCGCGACGCCAGUUUCCAUGAGUUCUUUGAUUUCCGCAGGCUACAUGCAUCCUUUCCACUUUUGUUUUGCCAUUGCUCUGUUUAUAAUUGAACUUAAUCGCUUCUUUAAUUACGCCACUUGUGCCCACUAGCGCUGUAAUUGGCUUUUUUCGCGAAUGCAUAGCUGGCAGGACAGUGUUGCUGCCUGUUGUUUUUUGAACGCCGAAGUCCGCGCGGUGAAAAGAAAAGGAUGAACGACUCGAAGACGGUGGCGGCGGACGACGGAGGUCAGAGCAAAGAGACGGACAAGAAGAAAAGAUCCCGGGUGAAGCAGCUGCUGGGCGAAGUGAAGAAACAAGUGGAGUUCUGGUUCGGGGACGUCAACCUGCACAAGGACCGCUUUCUGAAAAAGCUCAUCGAUGAGUCGGACGAUGGCUAUGUUGACUUGUGUGUCUUGGCGAGUUUCAACCGCAUGAAGAAGCUGACGAGCGACACGAAACUGAUCGCCAGGGCUCUGAAGAAUUCUUCUGUGGUGGAGGUUAAUUUAGAGGGCGAUAAAGUGAGACGGCAGCUCCCCAUUGGAGAGGUGCCAAUUGACGUGGACAGCCGCACAGUCUAUGUGGAGCUUCUGCCCAAGGACGUAAACCACAGCUGGAUCGAGAAGGUCUUCUCCAAAUGCGGAAGUGUUGUUUACGCGAGCAUCCCCAGGUACAAAUCCACCGGCGAUUCCAAAGGCUUUGCCUUUGUGGAGUUCGAGAACCCCGAACAAGCAAAUAAAGCCAUUGAGAUGCUCAACAACCCUCCUGAAGAUGCUCCCAGGAAACCGGGAAUUUUCCCCAAGACCAGGAAGGGGAAGCAGAUCCGGCUGCAUGCAGACAAUCCGCCUUCAGGGGGCGGCGGUGGGGAGGAGGAGAAGAAAAAGCGCAAGAAGAAGAAAAAGAAGACGCUGGCCGAGGACGCCAAAGCGGCGCCGAUGGAAGCCGAGCCGUCGGAUCAGCAGCGGCGGCAAAAGAAGAAGAAGCAGCGCUCCGACGGCGCCAGUCACAAGACGGCGGGUAAAAUCUCGGAGAAAAAGAGGCGCCGCUCGCACGCGGCAGAUGAAUCGGAAACGGGGGUACCCUCCAAGAUCAGGAAGCUCGGGGACAAAGAUGAAGACGUGCCCAAGAGCAAUCCUCGUGUGGAAGGUGAACGCGGGAAAGAAAACCAAGAAGACUCGCUGGUCAAAGCCAAGCGGAAGAGGAAGAAGAAGCAUAAAGAGAAGCUGAAAAUCGGGGACGAGGUCAUCCCGCUGCGGGUUUUAUCCAAGAGAGCUUGGCUCGAGCUCAAGGAGGAGUACAUGAGGCUGCAGAAGCGCAGCAUGGCGUCCCUGAAGAAGUGCAUGACGCAGCUGGACGGAGACGAGCGGCGACACGACGACAGGAGUGAGUCCAGUGCCGCUUCGGAACCCCUCACACACACACACACGCUAAAUGUGCAGCGCUUUCUUAUUUAUGUUGGUUUUCUUCCAGUGGAGCCGAGCGAGAAAGUGAACAGUCAGGGUCCUCAGUACGCCAGCGGCGUCAUCGUGAAGAUUACAGACAACAAGGCACUUCCAGGAAGGAAAAUGAUCAAAGAUGCCCUGGGCAAGAUCUCGCCCGUGGCGUACGUGGACCUGUUGGAAGGCGACGCCGAGGGCUACGUGCGCUUCAACCGCCCCGAGGACGCGCAGGCCGUCAGCGACACCAAGGCCGAGCUUCAGCGGACGCACAGCUGGCAGCUGGAGAUCCUCUCAGGUGACCACGAACAGAGGUACUGGCAGAAGAUCCUCGUGGAUCGUCAGGUCAAGCUGAACCGACCCCGGGAGAAGAAGCGGGGCACAGAGAAGCUCCUAUCCAAAGCGGAGAAGAUCAUCACGGCUCGCGCCAAGGAGGCUAACAAGCACAUUCGUUUCCAAGAGGACUGACGGCCGCUUUGUGUGGCAAGAAACGUGCUUCAAAAUAUAUCUGCUUGUCGACUGCAGCAAGUGACGUUUGUCAUGUAAAUAGGGGGAAGCUCGCCCGUCGAGAUGUUUACAAAGUUUGUUGUGGUUUUUGAUGUCAUUUGACAGGUGGACUGUUGAGAAACUGCCCAGGACUGGGGUUUGAAUUAAAGAAAACCUUUUUCAAA